AUGGUUCUCGCAUCCUUCCUCGGCGUCGCCGCCACGGUCCUCUCCGUCCUGGCCGCCACGGUCAGGGCGGACCCCCCCGCCUGGAAGAACCCGGGCACCUACCCGGCCAACACGGACGACCACAACAUCGAGCACCUGGGCACCAUCCAGCAGGUGGACAACGUCGUCUACAAGGGCGGCUCGGCCAUCAAGGUCACGCAGACCUACGACCCGUCCUGGACGCAGCGGUACCACUCCGAGGUCGUCCGCAACUACGGCUACAGGCGCGGCGACACGGCCUUUUACGGCUUCGCCUUCCGCCUCUCGCAGGACUGGCAGUUCUCCCCGGCCCAGGGCUACAACAUCGCGCAGUGGAUCGCCGACUUCAGCGGCUCCGGCUGCGACGACUGGAUGCCCUCGUCCAUGAUCUGGCUGCGCGGCAACCAGCUCUACAGCCGCGUCAAGUACGGCACCAUCUGCGACCAGCACACGACCGAGUACCCGGCCCUCGCCACCGUCACGGCCGGCGAGUUCCACCGCGUCGAGGUCCAGGCCAAGUGGACGAGCGACAGCACGGGCUUCUACAAGAUCUGGUUCGACGGCGCCAAGGUCCUCGAGAAGUACAACAUCGCCACGACCAUCGCCGACGACCGCACCUUCAGCUUCCGCGUCGGCCUGUACGCCAACGGCUGGCACGACGACAAGGGCAUGAAGGGCACCCAGCCCUUCCGGCAGAUCUGGUACGACAACCUCGCCAUCGGGUCUACCUUUGCCGACGCCGACCCUGCUCAAUGGGGAGACUGA